CUGGCUUUCAGUUCGCUUCAGAUGCUGCUCGAACCCGCAGCCUCGCGGAGCGCCUCGUUUUCGUGUCUUACCUCUCAAACAACGGACGCUAACGGGAAUGAAUAACGAAAAGCGGGAAUUUAUCGUGAACGGGAGCGGUGGGAAUAAGGAAAACACUCCGCCGGAAUGACCCCACACAAAGAGACACGUCUCCUCGUGCUGCGCUCGUGAAGCUCAUUCACAGACGGAUUCAAAGGGGCGCGCGAUCAGGCGGCUCGCGACCACAAACGGACGUCAAUCAUGCCGGUGCGACGGGGUCACGUUGCGCCGCAAAAUACAUUUCUGGGAAUUAUAAUUCGCAAAUUCGAGGGUCAAAACAAGAAAUUUGUCAUAGCCAAUGCACGUGUCCAGAACUGUGCCAUCAUCUACUGUAACGAUGCCUUCUGCGAAAUGACGGGGUUUUCCAGGCCGGACAUCAUGCAGAAGCCAUGCACCUGCGACUUCCUACAUGGACAGCUGACGAAACGGCAUGCCAUCGCGCAGGUAGCACAGGCUCUGCUGGGCUCGGAGGAACGCAAGGUGGAGAUCACUUAUUACCGCAAGGACGGAUCAGACUUCUUGUGCACAACACACAUCAUUCCAGUAAAGAAUCAAGAGGGCGUGGUCAUGAUGUUCAUCUUGAGCUUUGAUUAUGUGCUGAAUGACGGCAGCAUGGACUCAUUAGACCGACUCAACCACACCUCUCCAUCCAAACCAGAACAAAAAAAGGGACGCUUCUUUCGUUUUCGUCUGCUGGCUCCGCUAAGCAUGCUGGGAGUGAGUAAGCAGUCUCUACCCCAGGAAGACCCGGACGAGGUGACCAUCCAUUCAGCCGAUCAGAAUGAGAAACAUUCGUCCUGCUCGUCAUCCGUCUCUCUUUCCCUCUCUCCACGUGAACUCCACCCACCCACCGGUGAAAGCUGUAGCCCCUCCUACGGAAAUGACACCCGGGCACUAAUUGGCCAGAGUUAUUUGGGGUCGUGCUCACCAAUCUCAGGGCCACAGGAUCACUCGUCUCCACGGGGCCCCUGGGAACGGGUGGACCCUCGGGAGCCUAUGUUUUCUGCGUCACGCAGGGCAUCGCGGGCCAGUAUGUGCACGUUUAAGAGAGCGUCAUCUACACAUGAUUUAGAAGGACUCGGCACACAAACACAGAGGACGUACCGUGAUCGGCAUGCUAGUGAAGAUAAUGGGCGUAAUAUUAAAGUAUCACGCUCUUGGAUGGCUGGGGGUCCAUUUAAUCAGAUCAGGUCCAGUCUGUUGGGCUCCACGUCUGACUCAAACCUCAAUAAGUACAGCACCAUCAACAAGAUCCCUCUCAUCACCCUGAACUUCUCCGAGACCAAUAAUGACAAGCGAGCAUCUUCUCCGCAUUCCUCUGAGAAAACCAUUAUCGCACCAAAGGUCAAGGAUCGGACACACAACGUUACAGAGAAGGUCACACAGGUGUUGUCGUUAGGCGCCGACGUGCUUCCAGAAUAUAAGCUUCAGACGCCACGUAUCGACAAGUUCACCAUAUUACACUACAGCCCCUUCAAGGCCGUCUGGGAUUGGCUGAUCCUUCUGCUCGUCAUCUACACCGCCAUAUUCACGCCCUACAGCGCCGCCUUCCUCCUCAACGACCUGGAGGAGCAGAAGAGGCGCGAGUGCGGCUACUCCUGCAGUCCUCUCAACGUGGUGGACCUCAUGGUAGACAUCAUGUUCAUCGUAGACAUUCUGAUUAAUUUCAGGACUACAUACGUCAACACCAACGAGGAGGUGGUCAGCCAUCCGGCUAAGAUAGCCGUGCAUUACUUUAAGGGUUGGUUCCUCAUAGAUAUGGUGGCGGCCAUCCCCUUUGACCUGCUCAUUUUUGGGUCAGGAUCUGAGGAGACCACAACUCUGAUUGGACUGCUGAAAACUGCCCGACUACUGCGAUUGGUCCGUGUGGCCCGAAAGCUGGAUCGUUACUCGGAGUACGGGGCGGCCGUCCUCGUGCUCCUCAUGUGUAUAUUUGCACUUAUCGCCCAUUGGCUGGCCUGCAUAUGGUACGCGAUUGGCAACGUGGAGAAGCCAUAUCUCGGGCACACGAUCGGUUGGUUGGAUAAUCUGGGCAUGUCUAUCGGAAAGCAGUAUAAUUAUAGCGAUCCCGCCUCCGGCCCGUCAAUCAAGGACAAAUAUGUUACCGCGCUGUAUUUCACGUUCAGCAGUCUGACCAGCGUGGGCUUUGGAAACGUUUCGCCGAACACCAACUCGGAGAAGAUCUUCUCCAUCUGUGUCAUGCUCAUUGGCUCUCUGAUGUAUGCUAGUAUCUUUGGGAACGUGUCUGCCAUAAUCCAGCGACUGUACUCGGGAACUGCACGGUACCAUCUGCAGAUGCUCCGGGUCAAGGAAUUCAUCCGCUUCCACCAGAUUCCCAACCCGCUCAGACAGAGACUGGAGGAGUACUUUCAACACGCAUGGACCUACACCAAUGGCAUCGAUAUGAACAUGGUACUGAAGGGUUUUCCAGAGUGCCUCCAGGCUGAUAUCUGUCUUCAUCUGAACAAAACUUUGCUCGAGAGCUGUAAGGCAUUUCACGGGGCAUCCAAGGGAUGCCUACGGGCACUGGCGAUGCGUUUCAAGACCACCCACGCCCCGCCGGGUGACACGCUGGUGCAUUGCGGUGAUGUUCUCACGGCCCUCUACUUCCUCGCCCGAGGUUCCAUCGAGAUCCUCAGAGAUGACAUUGUGGUGGCCAUCCUGGGUAAAAAUGAUAUUUUCGGGGAGAUGAUUCAUCUGUACGCCAAGCCGGGGAAAGCCAAUGCGGACGUUCGAGCUCUGAGCUACUGCGAUCUUCACACCAUUCACAGAGAGGAUCUUCUGGAAGUUCUAGAAAUGUAUCCCGAGUUCUCGGACUCCUUUUUGACCAACCUGGAGCUUACGUUCAACCUGCGCGAUGACAUCGCAAAGGGUGCCACAGCCCCUCAGAGAAACCUCUACAUGGCACAGAGUGACUCUGAUGAAGAAGAUCCAGACAUCAGGACUAAACCCUGCUUAAAAAACAAACACCCGGCAGGUACGCCGAACAGAUCGAGCAGGCCGGACAGGGGAAGGGGAAGAGAGAGAGAGGUUCACACGCUCCCAGGAGAGGAGGAAGAGGAGGGCGAGGAAGAGACAACCAGGCCACUGGGUUUGGGGGUUCUGGGUCAACCUCGUCCCUUCAACCUCAACACCAUACCUGACGCAUACACUAGAGAUUGUGUUGUUAACUAUCAGAAAGACGUGUGCGCUGAAGAACGGCCUUGUGGGAAUGCAGAUGACUCAGCGAAAUCUCAGGACAAAGAGGGAGGAGACGACUGUGAAAGUGACAUUACGUUCGGAGAAAUGGAGCAGCGACUGGACCUGCUGCAGGAACAUCUGAACAGGCUGGAAGUUCAGAUGACAUCAGACAUUCAGGCUAUUUUACAGUUGCUUCAGAGGCAAAGCGCUUUGGGACCUCCAGCGUACAGCACGGUGGCUGUCAGCCCUGAAUACCACAAACCAGUGCAGCCGGUCACUGCUAUACAGACACAGAGUCCCGAUCAAGAGAAAGUCUGCAGUGAAGCCAAAGACGUGCCUGCCGUUACCCCUGAGAUGAGCUGUGAUGUCAGCAUGGCGACCGCAUUGUUGCCGAACCAACAGUUGGAGGCGGGGCUGAGGCUGAAACCAAUGGAAAACGACUCAUCCUCGGCAUCACAACAGCCAAGAUCACUCCAGCUGUCAAUCAGGCAAGCUUCCCUGCCCGACUCAUCGCCCGGCAACGGCACAAAGCCGGAUCUCCACAGGCCCUUCUCCGAUCCUGGGCUUCCAGGGCAGUAACGUUACAUCAGACAGAUUUAAUGUAUUACAACCAGUAGUAAAGCUAAAUAUGACACAUUUUUAAGAACAAGUGAGAAUAAUAUAUAACAAUUCAUGAUAAUUUUGAGGUUUGAGUAAUAAUAUGAUAAGAAUGCCUCAUAGAGGAGUCUCCUGUAUACUUCUAACAUGUAACUAUGCAUAAACACACGAAUUAUACAGAAAGCUCAACCUCUUCCCUUAGUAUCUAAAUCUUGACUCAGGGUAGAGAAUGCAAGAGUCAUAUGCAAAGAAUUGAAAAAGACCUUCCAUGUCCCAUAUAGGUACUUUAAAAGAAUAGUUCACCCGAAAAUGACAAUUCUCAUCGUUUAUUCAUCCCCACAUCAUCUCAGAUGUAUGACUUCCUUUUUCAAUUAAACACAAAUGAUGAAAUGAAUAGUUUUAUAUAAAAUGCCAUUUUUUAUUAAAGGGAUAGUUCACCCAAAAAUGAAAAUUAUGUCAUCAUUUGCUUACUCUCAUGUUGUUACAAACUUGUAUAAAUUAUAAAGAAAGAUAUUUUGGGGACUGUUUGAAACCAAACCAAUCAGAGGCCCCAUUCACUUCCAUAGUAAGAAAAAAGUCAAUGUUUUGCUGCUAGAUUAUGUUUUGUAUUUAGCAUUUUUUGGGGGGUGAACUAUCCCUUUAAUAUGGCUACAUAAAGCACAUCCAUCCAUCAUUAAAGUAAUCCAAAUGACUCCAGUAACUAAAUGUAUGUCUUCUGAAGCGAAACGAUUCAUAUCUUUAGCUAAAUUUGUGAAUCAAAAUGUAAACAAACACUGAGAAUUACAAUUUUCCAGUGAACUGUACCUUUAAUACUCAGUAGCGCAAUGAAAGCAGGUAACAGAUGCGUUAAUGCAGCACCAGCUCUGUGUGAAUCUCUAGAAGAGAGUUGUUCAUUUUGUAAAUAUAAAAACUUGAGCUGGACACGCAGCCAUGAUAAUGAAAGAUGCAUGCUGGGAAAAGAUGCAGCGUAUAUUUUUUUGCAUGUUCAAAGACACUUGCAUUGUUAAUCAAGUGCUUGUUUUUGUCCUUAUAUCACCUAUUUGAGAUGAUUUAUAUAUGUAUUUAUUUAUUUACUUACUUACUAUAAAUUUCCUGGUAUUCAGGAUGAAUCUUUACUUGAACUGAACUCAGCAAAGCAAAGCCUCACGAUCACACGUCAUCAUGUCACUAUAUCACAUUAUUCUACCCAUAUCAGGCCUGGUACGUUUAACAAUGCUUGUAUACGCCGAGCCAACUAAACGGUUUAACAUUGUCAGUAUUGCAAAGUUGUGUCUCAGUAUUGAAUUUGACAAAACUUGGGUCAGUGCUUUGUUCACAUUGCGCACAAAUCCGGUUUGACUUCAGAUCGGAUCUUUAGGACAGUUUGCAUUUACGGAUUAAAAUUUUCAGGCCAAUGAGGAGCGGUGACCCCCAGUACAUGUAACAAAUUAAGACUGCAUUUACAUAUAGAGGUGUUCUCGGGACCGAAAAAAUGUACCCGACCUGUUCACUUUUUAUAAAUCUUUUUUUUUUUUAAGAAAGACCCGAAUAUUUAACCUGACUAGACCCUAAUGUAAACCGCACAGACGUGUGUGCAGUCUGCAGCCCCGCAUGCACCAGUCGGCAGAAACAAACCCGGUGGCCUUGUAACCAAUUUGGCGCGCUGCUCCAUUUGUUUUCAUUUUUUGUUUGACAACGACACAAAGAUAAUAUGCAUUUAAAAUAGAUUGACAGGUCUGUCUCAGUGAAAAUUAACCUUCCACCUACACAAUGCGCAAACAGUCGUUGGAAAAGAUGCACACCUGCAAAAUAGUUUGGGUCCGUUCGGCAAAAAUGCAUUUAUUUUAAAUUACCCGAGACCCGAUGCCACUAAUAUUAUACCCGACCUGUGUCCGAGGCACACUUGAAACUUUCAGACCUCGGGUUUUCGGAUCUAAGUUGACCCGUGAGGACCUCUAAUGGGUAUGUUACAAAGAUAUUACAAUAAUAAUUUUGGCAUACAUAUACAAAUGUAUUACAUAUACAUUGUAAUUUACCCGAAUAGAAUUUAUUGUGGGAAUGUUAUGCUCUUCUUUUUAAUCAUAAUUUUUUUAUUAUUUGCCUAUUAUGCAAUUUU